GUACCCGGACUACUACCAGGUCAACGACUAUGCGAAGUCGACGUAGCUUUAGACUGCCACCGACUUCAAUAUAUCCAUUGGCUGCACUGAGCCCCAUCUAGAGUUUCAACUGGGACUGCAGAGCGCAAAUCUUGUUUGCUGGAAAUUUUUCUCAAAAUGGUCUGCCCGGCUCACAAUCUGCAAAGUCCGAACAGAGCCUGGGACAGCGACAUGUUGGCAGAUGUGAGGCGCUCUCCUCUCUACGCCUUCUUCCUCCCCCGUUAUCUUCACUUUGCUCACCUUUUCCACAUAAACGAAUUUCAGCAAAAUGGCAGCCGAGUCUAGCAAUCUCGUGUACAUUCUCGGGUUCCUGGUCGCCGCCGGUCUCGCCUACGUGUUCCUCACCAACAGCAAGGCCGCCGUGGCCGGCCCAGUCCUGAGCUCUGUCGAGUACCGCAAGUUCAAGCUCGUCAAGAAGGUGCAGCUGAGCCACAACACUGCCCGCUACCGGUUUGCGCUGCCUCGCGAGGAUGCUGCCCUGGGCUUGCCGAUUGGACGGCACAUCCAGGUGAUGACUGUGGUGGGCGGCAAGGAGGUUGCGCGCAGCUACACGCCGACGUCGACGGACAACGACAAGGGGUUCUUUGAGCUGGUCGUCAAGACAUACCCGGAGGGCGUGAUCUCGUCGCACCUGGCGGGCCUGAAGAUUGGCGAUUCGAUCAGCGUGCGUGGUCCCCGCGGCGCCUUCCGCUACACGCCGAACAUGGUCCGCCACAUCGGAAUGAUUGCAGGCGGCACUGGCAUCACGCCCAUGUACCAGAUCGUGCAGCACAUUUUGGACAACCCCGAGGACAAGACCCGGGUGAGCGUGAUUUUCGCCAAUGUCAACGAGGACGACAUCCUGCUGAAGGAGCAGCUCGACAAGUGGGCCAGCGAGCACGAGGGCUUUGAGAUCAGCUAUGUCCUGAACAACCCGCCUGAGGGAUGGACCGGCGGCGUCGGCUUUGUCACCAAGGACAUGAUCCAGAAGAGCCUGCCAGCGCCUGCCGAGGACAUCAAGGUCCUGCUGUGCGGCCCGCCGCCCAUGGUCAAGGCGAUGGAUGCCAACCUGACCGAGCUCGGCUACGACAAGGCGCGCAUCAUUUCCAAGCCCGAGGACCAGGUCUUCAAGUUCUAAAUCCGAGUAUUUUUCACAUGACACAUGUCUGAAAUCUAAGAAGCAUUUAAACACGUUUUUUUGGAGGAAGCAGCAGCCGUCUGGCAAGCCUCACAGCAUCGGGCUCGGCGUUCUCCUGUCGCGGGAGAAGUCGACGUUGAGUCCAUCGAAUAUCGACUGGGGCGGCUCGCCCUUGUAGCAGAUCUUGUAG